UAGAUAGAUAGAUAGAUAGAUACACUUUUCAGCUUGUCCCACAUGGGCUACUAGCCAAGCACCUCGCAAUUUCUGCUCGCCUUUUCUCUCAGAUAACUUUAGAUUCAAACGUUCAGAAGGUGUUUACCAGGAGUCGAAAUAUCCGCAGAGGCCUCUUGCUCUUUGAAAUAAAUGGACCUGGUAAUUGAAACUGGUAAAAACACUGAAUAAAUCUGUGUUUCUCUUACACACUAGCCCAGCACUGCAAAUGCCUACUCACCUUCUAACCCAGCACUGCAAACCUAACCUUUUCCCUCUGUUAACUUAAGAUCUAGAUGUUCUGCAGGUGUUAACCACGAGCUGAGGUAUCCAUAGAGGUCUCCUGCUUUGCAAAACAAAAGGACCCGGUGAUUUAAGCUGAAACAAUCUAUGCUCCUUGCUAUCACCCUGUCUGCUUGGCUGCUGCAGUGCCCAGGCUCACCAACAGAGGGGGACAAACACAAGGCUGUCCGGAUGGAGAGUUGGUGUAACACUGUCUUAAGCCUGAGGGGGGCAGAAUGCCGGAGCAGAGCAACGACUAUCGUGUGGUGGUGUUCGGGGCAGGGGGAGUGGGUAAGAGCUCCCUGGUCCUGCGCUUCGUGAAGGGCACCUUCAGGGACACCUACAUCCCCACUGUUGAGGACACUUACCGCCAGGUGAUCAGCUGCGAUAAGAGCGUGUGCACCCUACAGAUCACCGACACCACAGGGAGCCACCAGUUCCCUGCCAUGCAGCGUCUGUCCAUCUCUAAAGGCCACGCCUUCAUCCUGGUCUACUCCAUCACGAGCAAACAGUCCCUAGAGGAGCUCAAACCCAUUUACCAACAGGUCUUGGCCAUAAAGGGCAACGUUGAGGCCAUCCCCAUCAUGCUUGUGGGCAACAAGAGCGAUGAGACCCAGCGGGAGGUGGAGACCAAGGACGGGGAGGCCCAGGCCAACCAGUGGAAGUGCGCCUUCAUGGAGACGUCAGCCAAGACCAACCACAAUGUUACUGAGCUCUUCCAGGAGCUCCUCAACCUGGACAAGAAGAGGAACAUGAGCCUCAACAUCGACGGCAAGCGCUCGGGGAAGCAGUCCCGCGCCGAGAGACUGAAGGGCAAAUGCAGCGUGAUGUAAAUCCCGGAGAGGAGGAGAGUGGAGGUGGAGGUUGAAAGAGGCAGGGGAGGGGGGAGAAAUUCAGAGGAAAGGAGGAAAAGAAGGAAGACAGAGGAGCGAGAGGAGGGACUCACUUAACGUAUCACUGAGAGCAAAACGUCUGGAAGGCAACGGGAAUCUCAUCAUCCGCAUCCUCCUCCGUUUGACUGGUGCAUUCACAAACACAGUUAUUUUGAAAACAUACAGGAUUUCAGUUUUGGAGCUUUACACCCAUGUGCAUUCUGCUAAAAGGAGGGAUGAGGGAGGAUGAUGCAGAAUAUCGAGAGGCAAAUCGAAAACAAGAAGUGUGUGCCACAGAUUAAUUACCUGUGGACGACAGCCAUAGCCGGAAACAGCGUGGGUGUGGACUUUUGCAUCAUUAAAGUGCCACAAAUUUUGGCUGAGGAGCUGAUGGAGACGUUGGACUGCAAUAAAAACCACAGACUGCAGCACCCCUUUGAAAAAAAGACUGAAGGUUUCUGAUACAUUUAGUGUCCUCUCUCAAUUCUGCAUCCAACCCCUCCCUCCCUGCUCAGCUCACACCCCUCAUCAUCCCAGCACCCUCAUCCUUUACAUACCCCCCCCACUAUAACAAAUAUAGAGUAAUGUAAAUGUAACAGAGUUGACAACGUUACUUAAGCUCACUCAUCUGGUUAGAAACACUGUUUUAACAGACUGAGGUGUCCGUCAUGCUAGAAAGCGCAGCAACCAAAGGUUUAAGACUGCGAGCGUGAACGACAUUACAGCAGCAGAACAUGCAAACCAGCUACGUCCCAGAGCCACACCUGAGGACUCUGAUGUAUAUAAACAUGGGGUAUUUAAAUAUAUUCCAUCUAGUCUACACAUGCCCCGCCAAAAUCAGCCACAGGAAUGAGGUCUUAUUCUAAACACGCCCCCUUAAAGAUAAAAAGACCCUACUUUACCUUUAUCAAGCUGUCGUUAUGUUUAAAAACUCAUCAUAAAUAUCCUCAUCUGAAGUGGAGAAGCAUCCAGUGGCAGGGUAUGCACACACGCUACUGAUACGACGCAACAAUCCUUUUAAGACUCUCAUCUAGUGUAGAAUAGCUCUGGAUGAAAAGAAGCUGGACUCUCAUCAAAUGCGGGAAACAGAAAUACAAGUCUGCCUUGUUUACGAGGAUGAUACACUCGGAUAAUCAUUGCCAAGCCGGUAAGAUGAAAGGGAUGAUUUUGGGUUCCGAAGUCAAGAAUGUCAGUUUGCUUUGGCACCUUUCACGUGAAGGUUUCUCUUCUUUUGCCUUUUAUUUCUUGUUUUUUUUAUUAUUUUUUUUGCUUUACGAUGCUCUUUAAAGUCAUGUAAGAGUCAGAAAAAUGCCCUCCUUCAACAAAAAGCACACAGAGGGGAAAUUCUAAAUAAAUAAGGGAUGGAUGUAAAAUUGCUCCCGUGCAGAUUUUUCAGUGCGACCUGAAUCACUUAAUUCUGUUUCCUCUUUGUUGGUUGGUUUGGUCGUGUAACCUCUCAUAUGCUCGUGCAGGCGUUGGUAAACAGGAAACAGAAUGGGUCACACAUACACACACACACAGCAUGUGCACAGAUGCAUUCAUGCAAGUAAGAAAAAGAAUCUGAGUAACACCGUUGACUGAUUACAUGAAGACAAACAGGGCUCACUCACCCUCAAUGCCCUCACAUUGCACUUUAUAUCAUAAACACACACCCACAUGCACACACAGAUGUAAUUUGUCAUGUUUUUGCUUAUGUUAUGUAUUAAUAAUCUCCCCUUAAUAUCCUCCUGGAGCAAUAGCUCUGCUGUAUGUCCAAUGUACAUGUAUACACCCUUUUUUUCCACACAGGAGCUCUGAAUAUUGUACACAGUGUACACAGGACAGCCAAAAGCACAAUACUUUUUUACCAACAUAUCUAUUUGUACAUUUAUUUGUUUAUUUUUUAUAUGUUUUUCUUCCUUUUUUUUGUCUCCUUUGUGCAAUUCUCAUCAUUAACAUUUAUUCACCAGUCCUGAACGUGGAGGAACAAUCGCAUCAUGAUCACCGGUAGCUUCUCCGUCUCGAUGUGAAGCGUUUUAUUUGUCCCGUACAUGGCACAAUGAGGUUGUGGUUCUGCUGAACAACAGGGUAAAUCGUGAUGUGACAGGUUAGCUGUGGAGUGCGAGAAAUGGGACGUAACCCCACAGGAUUGCAGGUCAUAUAGGACGCAGAGGAGGGUCAGAUUAUUUGUGUACUUUUCUCCAUCUCUCAGGCGGUUUUAACAACAAUUUGGGAGGAGGAUAAUCUGCUCCUGUACUGUUAAACCCAAAGAACACAGAUGAUUCCCCUUUUAACUGUGUGUCCAUCUCUCUGGAAAAAAAAAAAGAAAAGCACAGCAACUGUUUCCGUCUGUCUCCUUCUCUGUCUUUAUGUGUGCAGCAGAAUCAACAACUGGGCACUUUAGGGUGACAUUUUACUUGAAGACUUGCUUAUUAAUCAGCGAUGCCUCAUUUAUAAGCACCAUGUAAAAUGUCCCUCCUGCAUUACUCACGCCCACAGGCCCACGUGAAAACUAUUUCAAACGUGUAGUUAUUGUAAAUAAAGCAUACGGUAGUUGAAUGAAAUGUUUAUAAGAGCUUCAAGUAAGAUGUUACCCAUGUAAAGAAAAUCUGUACCCACUGUCUUUCUGGGAAUAAGUCCUUUGUAACCAGGAAAUGUUGUUACAGUAGGAGGUUCGAUGUUGCUAUGUACUGUAAUAUACAGCUUACUAAUGAUGCUCAUGAUAUAUUGUAUUUGACACAUCCACUCUUCAGAUCUAUCAAUCAGAUAAUACUAGCAAAAUGUGAAUAUGUAACUAAAGGUUCAACUCCAUGGCUUUUUUAAAAUUUUAUUUUGAAAGCUGAAUGAAUCCGUUGUUAUCGAUGUGUUGUACUUUGCACUAAUGUGAGGUCCUGUUAAACUCAAAAGUUUGCAUUGUAAAAAUGUACCCUUUACCCGUUAGAUGCCAGGGAUGCUCACUAGUACUCUUUCUCCUUCUUCUUCUUCUUCUUCUUCUUCUUCUUUUUUUCCAUCAUUUAAAGAAACAAGUUGUGUUUGAAAUUGUUUGUCUUGGUUUGUUUUAGAUGCCAGAAGGAUGGAGUGAUUUAUGUCAUUUGUGUCCAUUUAAAGACAUGGAUAGAUUACUGAAUGGACCUACCGGGCACAGGCUCCCAGGCCCCCCUCCCCCCCGGCUUUCAGCUCAAAAAUGCGUCUUAAUUAACAGGUACCGACCACAAAGACACUCAAAACAACCCCAAAGAGACACAAUGACAACAAAAAGAGACAAACCGACUGCAGAGAGAUGAUAAAUGGCUGCUAACUACAAAAAGGGGCCAUGCAAACUACAAAGGGAUCCAAAUGACGACAAACAGACUUAAACUGACUACAAAGAGGCAAAAGGCAACUACAAAGAGACUCAACUGGACUACAAAGAGACACUAAAUGACAAGUAGACACAAAAUGAACAUUAGGGCAUGAAAAGCAACUACAAAGAGACUUAAACUGACUGCUAAGAGGCAAAAAGCAACUACAAAGAGACUUAAACUGACUACAAGGAGGCAAAAAGCAACUGCAAAGAGACUCAAAUUUGCUACAAAGAGACACAAAAUGACCACAAGUAGACACAACAUCAACACAAGGGCAUGAAAAGCAACUACAAAGAGACUUAAACCGACUUCAAAGAGGCAAAAGGCAACUACAAAGAUACUUAAACUCACUACAAAGAGACAAACAACAACUACAAAGAGACUCAAAGUGAAUAGAAAGAGAUACAAAAUGACCACAAGUAGCCACAGCAUGAACACAAUAGCAUGAAAAGCAACUGACUACCUAGAGGAUAUAGGCAACUACAUAGAGACUUAAACUGACUACAAAGAGGCAAAAGGCAACUACAAAGAGACUCAAAGUGACUACAGAGACAAAAAGCAUCUACAAAGAGAUUCAAACUGACUACAAAGAGACAAACGGUAACUACAAAGAGACUCAAACUGACUACAAAGAGACAAAAAGCAACUACAAAGACUCAAAAUUACCACACAGAAAUUCAUAGCAACUAUAAAUACACCCAAAACGACUACCAAGAGAUGAAAAGCAACUGCACAAAGACACAAAGCAACUACCAUAGAAUCAAAAUGACCACAAAGAGAGACAAAACCUGACUUCAAAGAGAUGCAAAGCAACUACAAAGAAAUGGAAUGCAACUACUGAGAGAUUCAAAAGACACAGACCACAGAGAGAGAUGUGUAAUGACCAGAAAAUGCAGCUAAACAACAACAAAAAUAGACCAAACAAUUCAGUGUCUUGCUUCUUUGAAGGAGAGGUGAUGGUGGUGGUGGUGGGGGGGGGCUUCUUCAUGCCUGUGCCCAGGGGCCCAUUGUUUCAUAAUCCGCCCUUGUCAAAAGGUUAAAAAAAAAACAAAAAAAAAAAACUGGAAAUUAUCUGUAUACCUAUCAGACAGCUCUGGUCUGAUGUGAUGUGUAGCUACUGGCAGCAGUGGUGCACACGCUGCAUAAAUAUGAGCUUAUGACACGUCUGGUUGCUUCACGCAAACGCCAGCUUGCAAGCGCAUGUUUGUGCAAUCUGUUGUUCUGCUGACGUCUACAGGAUACUGUCGUUGUUCAUGUUCCUGUGUGGAAUAUGAUACAGCAGGGAGGGGGGAAAAUAACAAUGAGACAGCGUGCAAGAGCAGUAUGGACAACAAGCUGGAGCGAGAGGCCGCGCUAUUAAUAGACAUAGUGUGAAAAUACCGAGUGCGACUGCACUAACUAACUAGCCUGUACAGGAUUCAAAUGCGCUUGCAUGUGAGGAGGCGUGCAUGGGAAGUGUGUGAGCGUCCAUUGAGUUUCUUGGGCUGUGUGAGUUAAAUGCUGGCAUGAAUCAGGACAGACACCUCUGCCCCCGUCCUCCCAUGGCUUGUCUCAUCUCAUUUAUCAAUUAAGCAUAUUCACUGCUACUGUCAGUGUGUGUGUGUGUGUGUGUGUGAGAGAGAGAGACCAUGAGUGCGCAAUCAGCCACAUCCCAUCACUCUGGCCUGCAUAAGUGUGUAUGUGCGCAUGUUUGUGUGCUGCUGUUGCCAUCUUAUCAAAUGUCUGUCAGAUAUUUGAAGCUUUCCUGUGGAGAAUGCCACAUUUCUGCAUGAGUCAUCCGACACCCCCCCCCCACACACACACACACACACACACACGCAUAUAAAAAGGCAUGUAGGCAAAAUAGACAGACUGCAUGCCCUCAGCUGCACACACAGACUCAUACACGCAUAUUACAUUCACACAGGCCUUGUCAGUGAAACCUCAUUCUCUCACUGGCUGUGUUUUUUUUCUCUGCUCUGCACUGUUGUACAGGCACCACCGUUAGCACUACUUCUCCAUAAAUCAUCUGUCUGCCUCUUGAAAUCUCCAGUUUCUUUCACAUUCAUCCCUCCAGGUUUUUUUUUGUUUGUUUGUUUUGUGUUUGAGAGUCGGUUGCACUUGAACAGACGGAAGGCCGACCCUGCUCACAUUUGAUUGUAGAUAGCUGUAAAUAGUGUUCAAAGGACUUAAUAUUCCAGAGAUGAAAGAGGAGAGAGUGCAGAGGAAAGGAUGCUGCGGUGGGAAGGUGCCGUCACUUGCAUUUCCUUCUUAUAGUCAAAGCGUCCAAUUCAAA